AUGAUGCAGAGCGCAGCUGUCCCCGCGGAGGGGGCUGUCAAGGGGCUCCCGGAGAUGCUCGGUGUGCCGAUGCAACAGAUCCCCCAGUGUGCUGGCUGCAACCAGCAUAUCCUGGACAAGUUUAUCCUCAAGGUCCUGGACAGACACUGGCACAGCUCCUGUCUCAAGUGUGCGGACUGCCAGAUGCAGCUGGCUGACCGGUGCUUCUCCAGGGCUGGCAGCGUCUACUGCAAGGAAGACUUCUUCAAGCGCUUCGGCACAAAAUGCACAGCCUGCCAGCAGGGCAUCCCCCCGACCCAGGUGGUCCGCAAGGCACAGGACUUCGUCUACCACCUGCACUGCUUCGCAUGCAUCAUCUGUAACCGGCAGCUGGCCACGGGGGACGAGUUCUACCUCAUGGAGGACGGGCGGCUGGUGUGCAAGGAGGACUAUGAGACAGCCAAGCAGAACGAUGACUCAGAGGCUGGAGCUAAGCGGCCCCGGACCACCAUCACAGCGAAGCAGCUGGAGACGCUGAAGAACGCCUAUAAGAACUCCCCUAAGCCCGCCCGGCACGUGAGGGAGCAGCUGUCCUCGGAGACAGGCCUGGACAUGAGGGUUGUACAGGUUUGGUUUCAGAACAGAAGGGCCAAGGAGAAGCGACUGAAGAAGGACGCAGGGCGGCACCGCUGGGGGCAGUUCUACAAGAGUGUCAAGAGGAGCCGCGGAGGCAGCAAGCAGGAGAAGGAGAGCUCUGCGGAGGACUGUGGGGUUAGUGACAGUGAGCUGAGCUUCCGAGAGGAUCAGAUUCUCUCAGAACUUGGCCACACCAAUAGGAUUUAUGGCAACGUGGGGGACGUUUCAGGCGGACAGUUAAUGAAUGGGAGCUUCUCCAUGGACGGGACAGGACAAUCCUAUCAGGACUUGAGGGAUGGGAGCCCCUAUGGAAUCCCCCAGUCUCCAUCCUCCAUCUCGUCCCUGCCAUCCCACGCUCCUUUGCUCAAUGGGCUGGAUUACACGGUGGACAGUAACUUGGGCCUCAUUGCGCACACAGGGCAGGGAGUAAGCCAGACGCUGAGAGCCAUGGCUGGGGGACCCACCUCUGACAUCUCCACAGGAAGCAGUGUAGGCUACCCCGACUUUCCGACUAGCCCGGCCUCUUGGCUCGAUGAAAUGGAUCAUCCUCCUUUUUAA